AAGAUUGCCGAACUCCAGACAACGCACAUCGCGGUUCCCGUGUAACCUGCUUUCAGAUUCUGCUCGACUAUGUCGUCUGUCUCUCUCAUACUCACCUCGCCCGCUUUACGCGGGGUCGCGUCCCUCGCCGCCAGCAGCAGCAUCAAUCGCAGCAACCUCGUUCUGCAAUCCGGGCUGCUUGGAACGAAGCUGCGAUCGCGUGACCAGCGGGUAGCAUUCGCGCGGCAAGCCGUGAAGCGGACGCACGUGGUGGUAGCGACGCAGGUCAUCACGCAACCACGGGGCGACUUCAUCUCCUCCAUUGUCGACUUUCUCCGUCGGCUCAUCCCUGACGCCAGGCAGGACGAGCCAUCAGCAGACGCUCCCCCUGAGGAGGAAGGCCCCAUGGAGGGACGACGGAGAGUGAUGGUUGUGGGCGGCACGGGGCGCGUGGGGCGGCAUAUUGUGUCGCAACUGGUGGCGGAGGGGUACUCCGUGGUGGCGCUGGUGGGCAGCGAGGAGCGCGCGGCGAAGAUCCUGGGCAAGGAGCAGGGCCUUCAGGUGCAGCCAUUGGCGGAGGGCGAGGGCGUGGCGGAAGCACGGCCGGGGAAGGUGCACGUGGUGCUGGGCGACAUCAACGACAGCGACUCGGUGCAGCGCGCGUUACGAGGCGCGGACGCCGUGGUGUGCGCGGUGGGCAUCCGGGUCAAGUCGCGCACUGAUGAGGGCGGAUUCCCCGGAUACGAGAUCGGGUCGACCCCUGAGGACGUGUACGGCAAGGGCGUGCCCGCCCUGAUCCGCGCAGCAGAAAAGGCGUUCGGAGGGGGGGAGAGCGAGGGGGCGGAGAGAGAGGGCGAGGAUUUUAUGCUCUUCGACUUCCGAACGCUCUCCGCCGCUCCUGCUGCUGCCGCUGCUGAUGGCGAGGAGGAGGGAGCGGGCGCAGAGCAGCCGGGGGCGCGGGUGUACGUGGACGGGUGGGGGCGGUUCGACGAUGUGAUCAUGGGCGGCAUCUCGGAGAGCGUGCUGCGCCCCGAUGACGGCAAGGCUGUGUUCGAGGGCACAUUGCGAGUGGAGGGCGGUGGCUUCUGCGCCUCCAGGACGUCCUUCCCCUCGCCUCUGGACCUCUCGGCCUUCGACGGGCUGCACCUGCGAGUCAAGGGCGACGGCCGACGUUACAAGCUCAACCUCAGAGACGAGAAGUCGCAGGGCGAGUUCCAGUACCAGGCGAGCUUUGACACGCUCAACGGCCAGUGGCUCGACGCAUUCAUCCCCUUCUCACAGUUCAGGGCAGUGGAGCGCUCGCGCUCUGUGCUGGACAGCCCGCCCAUCAACGCAAAGAAGAUCCGCACGCUGGGCAUCGUGUACAGCCGCUUCCAGUGCGACGGCUUCCCUAACCCUCUCUGCCUCCCUGGAGACUUCUCCCUUGAGAUCGCCUCCAUCUCAGCGUACCGCGCCAGUCGCCCGCAGGUGGUGCUGGUGAGCAGUGCGGCGGUGCAGCGCAGUGCGCGUGCCGUGACCCCCGAGGAGAGGAGCAAGUCCAUCCCCAUCGUGCAGCUCAACCCAGGUGGGGUGCUGUCGUGGAAGCUGAGCUGCGAGGAUGCGGUGCGUGCCAGUGGGCUGCGGUACACAGUGGUGCGACCCACGGGGCUGCUGGGGACCACUGAGGCCAAGGCCGACACCGUCAACACGCCCCACCUCCUCGAGUCGGGCCAAGGUGACGUGCUGACGGGCCUUAUCUCAUGCCCUGAGGCUGCAGCUGUCUGUGUCAAGGCACUUGACGCUCCUGAUGCUGUCAACACCACGUUCGAGGUGCGGCGGGACGAGCUGACUGCAGGACUGUCCAUGGAGGGGCGGCACUGGGCGGACCUGUUCGGGCGCUUGAGGCCAGACGUGCGCAAUGGCCGCGUGCAAUACCCCGCUGUUCCCAAGGCCAUGUCCGAUGCCUUCAAAGGGUAGCCACUGACUAGCCACUUGAUGAAUCACACACGUCGCAAGUUGCUUGUAAAGUGAACUACUCUACUAUGCUCCCGUGGAGAAGCUUCGUUGUGCUUGUGCCACACAGCUGUCUGCAAGAAUCCUUUCAGCCAGCAUGAUUUCUUACCAUAUGUAUGUGCAGACGAGACUGUACCCAAUGCAGCUUGGCACCUUUAGACGAAUCCAACGCUGAAUAGCAUUGAGUGCUAGAACCACAUGGAAGUGCCAAUCGAUGGACUGUCAUUGGGUGUGGGGGAGGCAAGGGAUUGAGAAAUGGCUCAGAAGGCACCAUAGUA